CAGCCCGGGGGACCUGCGGGGACCCUUCUGCUCUUUCCUCGGCUCCUGCCCUUCCCCUCGCCGCCCGAGCCUGCGGCCUCCGCAGCGGCCUCACGGCCGCAGAGAUACCGUGUGCCCGCUCCUCGGAGGGAGCCCGAAGCCUUGUUGCUCCCCGCGGGAAGGAGCAGGUGCCGGCUCUCUCCCGCUCGCAGGGUGCCCGCGUGGCUGGGUGCUGGAUGCAGGGGACUAGCUACCAGGUAGAGUGAUGCUUAGGCAGGGAAGCUAGGCUCAGCUGCCAUGCGGGCCGUGUGGUAACGCUGCAGCAGUCACUUGCUGCCUCGUUGAGGGACAGGGACUCCGUAAGCAGCUGGUGGAAAGCCUCACCCGAGCUCUCCUGGAGGGCAGUGCAGGCAGGUGGACUCGGAUGCCUAAGCAGUGAACGUCCCAGGCUGGGGAGGAGGUGACGCAGGUGGCAGAGGCACCCGGCAGUAGGUGUGAGGUGAUCUAGCCUGGCUCCCACUGUAGCCUGGCUCCCUGGCAUCUGAUGAUGAGUUUGACCCCCUCCAGGGGAUGCCUCCUGGACCUGCCCUGGGAAGACAUCUUGGUUCCACAUAUCCUCUGUCACCUGCCACUGCAGCAGCUCCUGAGCCUGCAGAGGGUCAGCAAGUCGUUCCAGUCUCUCAUCCAGCUGUACCUGGCCAACAUGCGCUGCUUUGACUCAAGCCAGGUUGGACCUGCCAUACCUCGAGCUGCUUUUGUUAACCUGCUGAAAGACAACGAAGUACUGCAGCAGCUGGCGCUCCAGAACUGCUCCGACUGGCUGACGGACAGGGAGCUGCUCCCGGUCAUUGGGCAGAACCACCACCUGCACCAGAUCCAGCUAAAGGGCUGUGCUCAGCUUAGCCGCCAUGCGCUGGUGGCCAUCUCGCUGAGCUGCCCCAACCUGCGCCGGCUCUCGCUGGCUCACUGCGAGUGGGUGGACAGCCUGUCCCUGCGCAGCCUGGCUGACCACUGCAAGGCACUGGAGGCUGUGGACCUGACAGCCUGUCGCCAGCUGAAGGACGAGGCCAUCUGCUACCUGGUGCAGAAGUGCAGCAGGCUCAAGUCUCUGUCACUGGCUGUCAAUGCCAAUGUGGGUGACGUGGCAGUUGAGGAGAUUGCCAAGUGCUGCCCUGAGCUGGAGCACCUGGACCUCACUGGGUGUCUGCGAGUCAAGAAUGACUCCAUCAGGGUCCUGGCUGAGUACUGUCCCAAGCUGCGCUCGCUGAAGGUGAAGCAUUGCCACAAUGUGGCCGAGUCCAGCCUGAGCAUCCUCCGAAGCCGUGGGGUGGAGCUGGACGUGGAGCCUCCGCUGCAGAGGGCUCUUGUUCUCCUGCAGGACGUGGUUGGCUUCGCCCCUUUCAUCAACCUCCAGAUCUAGAACUGCUGCUGAUGGGGAGGGGGGGACUGAUGCAAUGCUGGGAUCCCAGGAGGAUGCCAGAACCGGCUGCUGUCAAAGGGACGUGCGGAGGGAGAGGUUGGUCCUGUUGGUGAGGCUGGCCUGAGUGGGGCUCACUCUUUCCUCUGGGGCUGUUUAGCAGCCACUGGGUGUUUGUGAGUGGGCUUCGUUGGUGCCUCUGGGGAAAGUAACUCCCUCUGCAGUGGUGUGGAGAGAGCGAGUGACUUGCAGGAACACCAUGGUGCUGAACAAGCCUUGGCCAGGCCAGCUAAUAGAUAGGAUUUAUUAUUUGUUGUAUUUUAAAUCUCUAAGUGGCAGCUGUUCAGAGAGCAGGAGAGUGUUUGAUGGGGACUGUCCUGUGGGGUGGGUGUGUAGGCCAUGCCAGCAGAGCUGUGGAA